AUGGCGAAUCCCAAGGAUCAUGAACUCACUCCCACUUCGCCCGUUGUCGACAAGGGCAAGGGCAAAGAUUCCUUCGCCGAGUCUAUUGAUGCUACCGCUACCUCGCUUCCGACUGGUCAAGCCUCUCAGCUCGACGACAAAAGACCUGCCAAGGACGACAUAGAUCUCGAGCUCCUCAAAAUGCAGGAGUUCUUCAAGGGCGAGCCUCUUGCUCAUUGUCUCGACGAAUACAUUCCACCCACCCAUAUCGACAAGGAGGUGAAGAUUCUUCCUCUCGAGAAGGACGGAGGCGAGUCCAUGGUGAAGGCCGCCAAGAUUGAGCUCUGGAACAAAUUGGCUUCCCUUACCGACGCGCUCGAGGAGCGAUACCCAUCUGUCAAGGAGGAACGCGAGGCCAAGGAGGCUGUCAUUGCUGCUCACCUCGACGAGGCUCCCGGAGAGUCAUCUAAUCAGGGUGCCAAAAGAGAUACAACGCAGACCAGUACCAAGGCCUCCCGAAGAGCCGAGAAGAAAGCGCAGAAGAAAGCCGACAAGAAGGCUCAAAAGGCUACCAAGCGCGAGAACCCCAUUUCUAACUCUCCCCCAGCUGUCACGUCGUCCAAGACUCAACAGGGCCCUCGGAAUGAGCUAUCUCUUCGAGAGAAGUAUCCGGACAUCUUCUCCAAGAUCGACUACUGGAGAUCUCUUCCAGACCCCGACGCGCCGGCUGCUGCGGAUGACGAUUAUGUUCCAGGAACUAACAUCGAGUCAUCUCAGUUAACUACUCAGCCGAUAGUUCAGUCCACUGCUCAACCCAUUUCUCAGCCUGCUGUUCAGCAGACCCAGUCAACUUCAGGCCAGGAUCACGGCAAUUUGGCAGCCAGGGUUGGAAACAACAAGACACUUGCCGAUGAUUCUUCUGAGAGCGAUAACUGGAGCACCGGUUCAUCAGAUGGCGACCCGUUCUAUCUGAACAAAUACCUCACCCCGUCUUACCAGGCUGCUGCCAAAGUCUUCCUAGAGGAUUUCGAUCGAAAGAAUCCCACUCAGCCUACUACCUUGCAGCCCGUCAAUCAGUCAGUUGCCAAGUUGACGGUUCAGCCGGCCGUAUCUGAGGUCACAGACGGCGAAGAAUCAUUCACCUUCAUUCAGAGAGACCCGAAAGAGAAAGGCGUACGAGCCUCCCUUCAUGUCUCCGAUGAAGAGCUUUCCGAUUCCGAGGAAAUCAAGAAGGCCAAGGCUAUCGAGGCUCAGAAGGGUAGUAUCGACUCAAACAAGCGCGCCCAUGAGCUUGUCAACGCUGCUCACGCCGAGGGCAAAAUCAUCCAUCUCGAGAAUUCUAAGCCUCUUCGUGACGCCGUCAAGACAAAGAUCAAGAAAGAGGACAUCGUCCCAGGCUUCGGCCAGAAGAAGAAGAAGCAACCCGCUCUCGAAUUUGAUGAGCAGGCUUACGCCGCGCGCUCAAUCGCUUCCCACACCAUGAAGCCUGCUCCGCUUCGAAUUCCCUCCCGCAUGAAGCAGCCCACCAUUGGCAGAGACAAGAAUACCGACGUCGACAGAACUACUCCGAACCAGGCUGAGAGCCCUCAGCUGCCUGAUGCUCUUAAGAUCAACACCAACAAGUAUCGCAUGGUCACUGGCGAAUUUACGGCUCUCGGUGUCGACUUCGGCAAAGGCAGCAACAGGACCGCCAGCGGUUCUUCCACUCACAGCGGUCGUAGCGCCGUCAACUUCAGCUGGCCCAAGGCCCAGCGUGCCGGUGCCAAAAACAAGUACGAGUUCAACGAUGAGGACGAAUCGGAUUACGAGCUCGACAAGAAGAAUUCCAACGCUCAUCCUGCUCAGCUAGGCGCCGGUGUUCGUCAGUCGGAUCCUGCUUCAGCCCAUGCCCGCACUGCAAGCGGUACUAGCUACGCCCAUGAGACUCACAAGAAUUUCAACAACUUCGGCAACAAGUCUAUUCAGCCGAACACCCCUGCCGAUGAUAGUAGCCAGGAAACUCAACGUCGCAGCUUCACUGCAGAUGAGUAUCAGAGACUCAUUCAAGAUGACUACGAUGCCUUCACCAAGGCGUCGCCUGAGAAGAAGCAGAAGCUGCUUGAAGAGGCAGUUUCCAUUCUAAACAAUGGAUCUACAAUGAGGAGCACUGGUGCCACUUCGAAUAUCACUCACCAGACCAUAGUCGUUCCCGCUCACCAGAAGCGGCCUACCGUUCGCCUGCCCGGCACUACAGCCCUGCCGCCCACCCCAGCCACCUCUCAAAUCCUCAUGACCACUGGCGAGAAAAUGGCAGAGCUGGACGACUUUUUCUCAGAGGAGAACGACCACUUGUACACGACUACUUGCACCGACAGUGGCUCGAAAUGUGGCAAUGGAGCAGAAACUGGCAUCCAAGGCCAGGUCCAGGAUCAGCCUUGGAACGACUCUAGCUACCACGAAGGCGCUCUCUCGUACGGCUACGCCUACAAGCAGACAAACUACACUACUCUGGCAGACUCCAUGAAUCUCAUCCCUCUUACUGAUGACCAACGCCGCCAGCUCCUUGAGAGUUAUGGUAUGUCUGAGGCCGAGUACCCCGCUCCUCCGAACGGGUAUCCCAGCCCUCCCGGCCCGGUAGAUGGAUCCAACGUGCCUCCCUGCCCUACCCGUCCUGCUCCUGUUGUUCCCACUACUGCCAGUGCCGAAAGCGGUGGCAACGAACCCGGCAAUGGCGGUGGUCAAUCCAGCGCUGAUGGCGGAGCUCUCACCAAGAGUCUGCGCAAGCAUCGUCGCUUCCAGCGCGCUGCUACGGCCCCCCCUGCGCCUGAGCCUGGCUACGACGCUGACUGGUUCUGA